GUUACGUGUGUGUUUUAUUAUUGAUCCAAAUCGCAAGUUAAGGUAGCUCGGGAGAAAUUGAAAAUCAUAUUAGCAGUGAAACUAGAGAAAUACCAAAUUAUGUGAAGUUCGGACAAAAAAAUCGGCAUCUAGAGUGUUAACAAGGCAAAUGAUGACGCCGCACGACGGAUGACACGACAGUAGACGGACCAAAGGCUGUCUCAAAGGCUCACCAUGAACGAAUUGUGCUCGGAUUUUUCGAUUGGAAGUGACGAACCAGCAAACGUUCGUGCACGUGCAUCCUACAAUAUCGGAGAGAGUCAAGCUGAUUUAAUUGAAAUGGAAGACGAAGAAAAGAAGACUAUGGAAGACGAAGUAAAGAAGACUAAUGAAGCACUUCUUAGGGAAAUUGCAGAUUUGUGCAAACGAGAAGACAGAAAGACACCUGAGGUUAUUUUACUUCUUGGAAGCACUGGUGUAGGAAAAAGUUCGAUGGUUAACACAAUCAUCAAGGCCUUGACCGGAAAAUAUUUCUACAGAGCUAGGUCUGGCCGAGGACUUGUAGGCUCAGUUACGCUUACGUUUGAUUGGUUUGACCACUGUGGUAUUGCGACGAAUGAUUUACAGAGUUUACAACAAAAGGUCAUUGGAGAUUGCUGGCAACAAUUACCAAACAUUAUUGACGCGGGUGGAAUGGGAGGAAAAGAUUCACCAGAUAUUCAAGAAAUAUUGGAGGUGGUUUUGGGAGGAUUCAUUCCACCUGAAACAUCUAUAACGCAUUUACAAAAGCUCCAGAGCGAUAAUUAUGUUGGAUAUUUGAAAGAUAAAUACAAUAAUUGUCGCAAGGAAUGGAAGGUUACGAAAGUCGUGUUUGUCGCAACUUGCAGUCAAAUGCUUCCAACUGAUUUGGUAGAUGUUCUUCAAAGAACAUUGAAAACGUUUGAUCCCGAGACUGGGUUUCUGCAUUACGAUGUCGACGUAUUCAUAGUCAUCACCAAAUGUGAUUUGGUUCAGGGAAUGAAGAGAUUCCCGAAAGCAGAAUCUAAAGAAACAAUAACAGCGGCUCAGUUCAAGAAAACAGAACAAGAGAUUGCCAAUGUGUUUAAUAUCAAAGGAGUUCAAAAACACACCAGUAUUAACUGGAUGAGCUACGUCGGUGAUAGCGAGGAUGAUCCUGAUAUUGACAAUAUCGCCCUGCAGUUUAUCAAGCAGAUGAUGCAACCAAAGCGACAAAAGAAUCGAAUUAAACUUGAUACAAUGCCAUUGAUAAUGAGAUUUAAACUAAUGCUGAAAAAGUUUAAGACGAAAACGCAUUUUUAUCAAAUGUGUGCAUUGAUUGUUGGCAUAAUUGCAGUCGUUUAUGUCUACAUUGCAAUAUCUACUCCAUUGAAGAUUUAAGCUUAAGCGUCUGACGAACUUUGAAAAGGACUUCAUUCACCUUCAGAGACAUGUUUGUUGUUGAUUCAAAGUGUGUAAAUGUAUACAAAAUAUCCAAAUAGUUAACAUAAGAUCAGAGCUACAGAUAAGCUUUUGGGGGUACUUGGGUAAUACCCUUCAAAAUAAGAAUGAAUUGGGUAAUGGAAAACGUGAUUGGGUAUCCAAAAGUAUGAUACCCGCUCAUAUAAAAAAUAAUUGGGUAUUUGUACCAAAACAAACAAGAGAAUUGGGUAAUUGCAAUAAAUGAUUAAUUUAGCUCCUCAAAAAUGUACCUACAUAAAGUUACUGUUAUGUAAUUAAUUGCAGUAUAAUAAGGUUGUUCCAUCUUUCUGCAACCAGAUUCAACAAUGGAAUUUCGCAACCCUCUCUACUCUCA